AAUACAAAAAGAACAUGUAUAGCACUCGGAAAUCAAAACGGACUGCUAUUGUGGACAGAACAACAGGACAAGGCAAAAGAAAAAGUUCACAGAUGAAUGACAUUAUUUCAUGGGAUGAAUAUUUCAUGGGAAUCGCCUUUUUAUCUGCGAAAAGAAGCAAGUAUAACGUACGAACGGUUGGAACAUGUAUAGUAAACAGUGAGAGAAGAAUCGUUACAACAGGAUACAAUGGUUUUAUUGACCCACAAAGAAAAAAGACCAAACAGAAAAAUGAUCCAACAUUUUCCAAAAACAAGGCGGAGCAAAGUCUCUUUGUUUGCCAUGCUGAAAUGAAUGCGGUUAUAAAUAGACACGGGACUAGUCUUAAAGAUUGUGUUGUAUAUGUUACUCUCUUUCCGUGUAAUGAAUGUGCCAAGCUUCUGGCACAGUCACGGAUAAGUAAAGUGAUAUAUUACGCCAACGAUAGAGCCGAGAAACCCAAAUACAAGGCAUCUGCAAAAAUACUAAAAUAUGCAGGAAUAAAAGUGCAAUGCUACAAACGACUUAAACGUGAAAACAGAUCUCCAGUGCGGAAGAAGAUCAUGCUUGAUUUUGAAAAGAUUGCUUUUGAAAGACAUUAAGAGAACAAGGAAUUUGAAAAGUCUGCAUCCAUUUUUAUUUUCUCUGUAUUGGUGGUUGGUGGUUUAAAGUAUGUGA